AGCUGAGCCGCAGCGGUCGCGGUGUCAGCUGAGGAGAGAUGGCCUCAGUGAGUGCCCCCGCGGCCUCCACGCAGCCUGCCUUGCCCUCCGGACCUGUUGUCUUCAAAACUGUCCCCUACGCCUUCAUCCUACCGGAGAUAGUCUGCGGGACAUGGGUGUGGAUCCUCGUCGCUGCUACCUCCGUGGCUGCCCCGCUGCUGCAGGGAUGGGUGAUGUACGUGUCCAUCAGCUCCUGGCUCAUCUCCCUGCUGCUCCUCCUAAGCUACCUCAUUGGCUUCCACAAGAACAGCGAGAACUGGAAAGUGCUGGACAGUUUGUACCACGGUGCCACGGCCAUUCUGUACAUGAGCGCUGCUGUCUUGCAAGCCAAUGCGACCAUCAUCUCUGAGCCCGGUUACGGCUCCGAUUCCAAUUCCAACUCCCUGGGUCACUACCAGCUCAACAGUGCCGCAACGUUCUUCGCCUUCCUCACAACCUUCCUGUACAUCCUCCACGCCUUCAGCAUCUACUACCAGUGAGCCUGGCAGCACCGGCUUCGCCUCCAGAGGCCGAGGGCUUUCCCAGCGUGAGGAAUGCAGCUGUCUCCCACCAUGGUGGUCCUGCAGUGGCCCUGUCACCCACCCUGUGGGGACGGCGGUUACUUUUUCACUUGAUUGAAGAAGGGUUUUUUGUACCGCUGCGUCAUGUUGGUGCUUGUGGGGCUGUUUUGCACCUGGCCCGUGCAAGGGGAGCAGGCUCCGAGCCGCCUCCCAUUCCAAUGUUCCUCUAAAUAUAGACAACUGAGGAAAGGUAACAAAUAAAAUCACUGUUCCUUCAGUAAACAA